AGGACACCGAGCAGCACCUGCGCGCCACCUUUGAGCCCUCCGAGAGCUCCGUCAUGUCGAAAAGAACCCGCUGAUGCGCCGCUCUACCCUCUUUCCUCGACAUUUGCUUCCGACUCGGGAGCCGGCUGGCCCGCCUCGACCUGCACCUCGAUUACGGGCAGCCUCCCAGAAGCGAUGUUUGCGCAGUCUCCCGAUCUGGCGGUGGUGGAGCACGCGUCGGAUAACCUCUUCUCGUGGACAGCACUGCUCUUCGCGUCAGCUUGUCCUCAGGGAUGCCCCUUCUCAUUGUACGCUGCCAUCUGCCGCCCGCACGAGAGUAUGCACAAUACCUAUGCCGCAUCUCGACUCUUCAUCUCUACCCUGCCGGCACUUCGCACCAGACUGGCGCCGCUGGCCUUCUGUGCCCCUCUCAUUGGAUUGGACGAACUGACGCGCUCAUCCCCAGCAUGACAGUGCAGCUUCCCUGUCAACCAGGCAGCGACGAUAUCUUACGCACUCAACAAGGAUUGGUAGAGUACUCAACAGCGAUUGGUAGAGCAUUCACUCAGUACCCCUCGGGCAUCUGCUCUCCCUCCCCCCGCAUUCAAUCAGAACCGCCGUUGACGUACUCGUGUCCGACCGUGGGUAUCUACGCACUUCACCUGGACAAAUGCGACUCGCGAAGUGGACAAACAUGGCUUGCGAAGAGAUGCGAAGAUGGAGUUGCCCUCGCCCUGGGCUGUUCCUGCCCACUUUCAGUCCUUCGCCCUGCUUCUUUCAGGCGACUUCCACAGCUCUCGGGCGCCGCCUAUCUGACCUCUUCGUCAUCAUGCUCUGACGUCUGUCCGGUCAACCCAUUGCUUGGCCCGGCGCUCGUGCCUCUUGCUUGACUAUUUUCUUGUGGUUCCCUAGUGCAAUUCUUGCGAUAUGGUACACAUGUUGUUGCGGCUCAUCAUCAUCUUUCAACAGAUCUCCUUCCUCUCCGCUUCAUCCUUUCCCCUCCUCCCAUCCUUACCCCUCGCUUCCCCAUCUUCCCUCCCCUCCACGUUCCCCUCCUCUCCACGUUCCCCUCCCCUCCACGUUCCCCUCCCCUCCACGUUCCCCUCCCUCCUCAUCCUCCUCCUCCCUCUCCCCUCCACGUUCCCCUCCCUCCUCAUCCUCCUCCUCCCUCUCCCCUCCCUCC